AUGCUACGCGGAAGAUCCAUUCACCUGGCGCAGGUGCUUCUCACAGUGGCACCAGCAUUUAUCACCUACGGAUACAAUCAAGCAGGAGUUGCGCCGCUCGCUUCAUUGCAGUCAUGGGUUCACACAUUCCCAGAGAUUGAUACGAUCAACACAGAAGGAACAAUCAAGUCACGAAACGCGACGAGGAAAGGUGCCGUCAUCGCGGCUCUCCAACUCGGGGCGCUGGUGGGGUCGCUCUCAUGCACUUAUUUUGGUAACUGGCUUGGCCGGCGCAAGACCAUUUUCAUGGCAGCCAUCAUCGCCGUCGUCGGGCAGCUGUUGCAGACCGCUUCGUAUGGUGUCAUCCAGUUCAGCCUUGGCCGGGUCAUUCUCGGCAUCGGGGUUGGGCAGUUGAGCGCCACUGUCCCCGUGUGGCAGGCCGAGUGUAGCUCAGCAAAGCACCGCGGGCAGCAUGUGGUCGUCGACGGCAUCUGUAUGACCAUGGGAUUCAUGCUGUGUAACUGGAUCGAUUUUGGGCUCAGCAAGGCAUCAGGGUCAAUCCAGUGGCGUGUUCCACUCGCAAUCUCAUUCUGCUUCCCGCUUGCUGUAAUAGGAUCUGUCUUUCUGCUUCCAGAGUCCCCGCGAUGGCUCGUCAUGGUAGGACGACCCGAAAAGGCCACGCGUAGUCUGGCAGCUUACAAAGGCCUUCCGGUGGAUGAUGAGACGGUGCAGGCGGAAAUUGCGAGUAUAGAAUCAUCUCUGGAGCUCUCUACGCAAUCAAGCGGCGUCAUGAUCCUGGAGUUGUUAGUUGGGAACGAUGAGGAACGCCUUCUGUACCGAUUCGCCUUGUGCAUCCUGACCCAGUUCUUCCAGCAGAUGUGCGGUGGCAACCUGAUAUCGACCUACAUAUCGACCAUCUUCGAAGAGAACCUCAAGCUGGGUAGUGACCUCUCACGUAUCCUCGCAGCCAGCGCAUUGACAUGGAAGUGCGCGUGUAAUUUCAUUCCAUUCUUCGCGAUUGACCGUUUUGGGCGUCGCAAGGUCUUCAUCGUCAGUGGGAUUGGAAUGUGUAUCUGCAUGACGGUAUUAGCCAUCACAACGAGUCUGGACACAGAACGCCAGGCUGUAUCCAUCACGUCUGUGGUCUUCAUCUGGCUCUUCAAUCUCUUCUAUCCUAUCGGCUUUUCAGGCGCAAACUUCCUAUACUGCACAGAGGUGGCCCCCAUGCGCCUGCGGGUUGCCAUGUCAGCUGUAUCGACCGGGAACAAGUGGUUGUGGAACUUCAUCGUGGUAAUGAUAUCCCCGAUCGCUCUUGAUAAACUAGGGUAUCAAUACUACAUUGUCUAUGCGGUUAUUUGUGCGUGCAUCCCCGUCUCAGUGUACUUUUUCUACCCCGAGACUAUGAACCGCAAUCUAGAAGCCUUGAAUCAUGUGUUCCGCGAUGCCCCGUCCGCGUGGCAUGUCGUGGCUAUGGCCAGGAAGCUUCCCGAGGGAGAUGUCGUAGAUGGGGAGGGAGGGAGAGAAGAGAAGGCGAGUGUGGAACAGAAGGAGAAUGCUUAA